GAUGCAAGUAUAAUUUCUGACUGUUUUUUUCGCCCACAGAGAUGGAGUUUGCUUGCAGUCAUGUUGUGUGUAACUGGAGGUCUGAGAGCUUAUCAGAAGAUGAAGCUAAAGUCUCAAAUCAAGGUUGUGCCUCCACUCUUCCCUGUGGUCUGUCCAGAGCUCAGUCUGUCUCCGAUCAUCCUUACGACAACCGCGUUACCUUUGUUCAGAAACCAGCUCCAUCAAUGGCUCCACCACCUGUACCGCCCCGUAACAUACAAAGGAGAGACACUCUGUUUAGCGCUCUCCCACCCCCAUUACCGCCGAGAGGUCUGGAGAAUAAUGGAGAGACUCACCUUAAAGCUAAUGUAAAUGUGGUGUCGCUAAAAGUGGGAAGCCUCGUGGACGUUAGUAAAGCAUCUGCCAUAAAGUGCAGCCAAAAACCAGUGUGUUGUGGGAAAUGCAAUGCUGUCAUGUCCUCAGCAAGCAGCCCAGUGACACACCAAAAAACAAUAAUAUGGAGCUGUGAGUUUUGUGGGAAGGAGAACGUUUACCCCCAAACUACACUGAAGGGAGGCCGGUUUCCUUUGCGCAAUCCUCCAGGCAGGGAUAUACUUUACAUGGACGACGAUGAGGACACAGAGUAUGAGAAUCUCGAUGACAUGCUUAUUGUCCUGUGUGUGGACAUUUCUGGAAGUAUGAGCGUCACUUCUGAGAUCUCUCCCGGUAACAGCAUGCGAUCGCCCACAUAUAUUUCGCGACUGCUGUUCUCAACACCCUCACUUAAUGUUCACAUUAAAUAUAUUUUCCUCUCAGAUCUCUCCCGGCACAAUAAAUGUGAAGUUACUCCCAUUUUUUGGGUUCAGGGAGUCCAAGAAGCUCUUCAGAUGGUGCUGUCCUCCCUGCAGAAAACCUCAUCUCACCGAAGAGUGGCACUGGUGACAUUUAACAAUGAGUAUAUUUUUUCAUCCACUUUCCAGAUAAAUAUUGUUAAUAUUGGUACAGUUGCAACUGAAAUCCAGAGCGCUGUAGCUGACAAUGUCCUAGCAACUAGUGUCAUGGCAACACUGCUGGCACCAGAUGGCAUGUACUUCCCAUAUGAGGAGGAUAAUCAUCGGUUAGUACGAGAGAUUGGCAACGUAACAGAUGGUGUUGAGAUCACCUUCCAGUUUGCAGUCAGACCAGAAAAAGUUGAAAGUUUCCAACAACGGGACCGUGUCCCUUUUCAGCUGCAGCUGAGUUUCAAGACUCGAGAUUUGCAGAAAGUGACGAGAGUCAUCACUCAACAGAAACGAGUCACCAUCAGCAGCUGGGUGUGGGCAGGCAGUUUAAAUAUGUCCAUAUUGGGCGUUCACUGUGCCCAGCUGUGUGCCAGGCUGACUAUGGAGGGCCGAGUACAGGAAGCACAGAGACAACUCAGAGCUCAACAGGACCUUCUCAAAGACAUCAGUCAACAGAAGCCGAGUCCUAAAGAAGAGAGUAUCUAUGGGAACUGGAUUAGUACCAUGAGUAUGAUCUGUGAAGACCUCACCACUGUCAACAAGAACACAACAGAAACUGACGCCAAACAAGCAUCCCGAACAUCUUCCACUGCGAGUCUCUCAGAUGCGGCGGCCAAGGUGGUCUACCAAAUGAAGAGAGCGAAGAGCGUGAGCGGAAAGGGACAGAGAGUUGCCAUGAUGGAGAACUGAGCUCAGAUGCCAUCAAGACUUGUGAGCAGUCGUUUUAAGUGUCAUGUAGGCUGCUAUAUCAAUCUCAAACUAUGGACAAUGAAUACUGCUUGGAAUAUAUGCAAUAUAAAAUAUAUGCAAACUAUGAGUUGAUAACCUAGUAUCCAGCUGGUGAGCUGCUUUCAGAAUCAGAAAGAGCUUUAUCAAUCUCAAACUAUGGACAAUGAAUACUGCUUGGAAUAUAUGCGAUAUAAAAUAUAUGCAAACUAUGAGUUGAUAACCUAGUAUCCAGCUGGUGAGCUGCUUUCAGAAUCAGAAAGAGCUUUAUUGCCAAGUGUGCUUACACACACAAGGAAUUUGUCUUGGUAACAGAAGCUUCCAGUGCACAGACAAAAAAAAGUGAAUAAAAAUAAAUGUGUAAAAGCAACACACAAUAGGCAAAGAGACAGUAAACAGUAUAUUGUAUGUACAGAUGUGCUAUAUACAAAUUAUGCAAGGGAAUGUGGAUAGAUGUAUGGAUAGAAGUAUAGAUAGUUGGGUCUUGCACAGUGGGGAGAACAUUUAACUGUUCAUGAGGUAUAUGGCCUGAGGGAAGAAACUUUUCUUAUGUCUGGCUGUUUUGGUGCUCAGUGCUCUGUAGCGCUGGUUUGUGCAUUAUAGACAUUUUUGCACGAGUAACAUAUUUGACAUACAUUUUCAAUUGUGUAAAUGGAUGUCAAAUUACCAGCUUAAUUGGAUACUAGGGACUGUAUUAAUAAAUA